GAUGUGAGGAUACAAUACAACCGCGGCACACGCAGUUUUACCAUGGAGAAAACGGGACUGCCAUGAGCCAAGUGGAGAUUGUGUUGAGUACUUCACUUCUUGAAUCAAACGUCACGUGCGAGUGGAAGGUGGACAGAUCACAAGAUGUAGCUUUCAUUUUGGCAUUAAAUGUACACAGGUGUCUCACCAUGAUAUUUCCAUUCAAGGUCUAUCCGUGGAAGCAGUUUUGUGUUGGUGAAGCAUCUACCGCUAAUUUGUAUGAAGACACCAGUCUCUCGUUGAGGGUGGAUGCUACGUACGACGUCGAUAUAUACAUCUACAUAAAAAUGCCAACACUAGCGCGAAAAGGGUACGUUAUUCACGAGGAUCCGAAAACUUGGACUGAGGCUCAAACCGGCUGCAGAAAGGGCUCAAAAAUAGCUGACGAAAACGCCAUCUACAAAGUCUUGCGCGGACACUACAGCAGGGCACAUGAAACUGAACAGUUGGUCAAAGAAUCAGGAGCAAUAUGGACUGACAAGAUACUGUCACCCUGGGUUUGGUUGAUUGGGUGUGUGGCGGAAGAAACCUUUUCUCGGGAUACGGAAACCUACGAGACCUCCAAGCACAACCAGAUGACGGAAUGCGGUAUGGCCUGCCGUGGAUAUUCUUACUUCCUGCUUCAGGGCAGACGAUGUUUGUGUAGUCGGGUGCAUGCCGGGGGCGUGGAGCCUAUGUUCCGUUGCAACCUAGUGUGUCCAGGCAGCUGGGAGGAGCGGUGUGGGGGAGAAGGCGUAUUCACUGCCUACAAAUUCCUCUUCAAAAACUCAACUGACGAUUUAGUGUCCAAGUUAAUUAGAUCAGAGGACAAUUGCGUUGCCUUUAAGGACGGUGAAGCAGUUACUUCGAACUGCACGAGACCAAAUGGAUUUACGUGCAACUUUCAAAACGGAACGCAGAAGACGUACAUAUCUAACAAGCCUGAAUUUGAUGUGGUGAAACCCUGGCGGGAAGCUGUGCAGUUCUGCUCAAACCAGCCCGGAAGCACAGGGCUUGCAAUGACGCCGCAUUAUCAGAAUGAAGCAUUGUUUGAAAGUGACCUACUCUGGACCUCCUUGAAUCGUAAACCGUUCUCUCCAUUGGAUCCGAUUGUUGAAGACUUCAAGCCGACCCAUAGCUAUGUUGUUCCUUUGGGCGGGUCUGACCCUAUCGACGGAAUACAGCUAAGAUUGAGCGGUGAAAUAUACCCGUUCAUUUGUGAAUUUGAUUUUCCAAACUGUGGUAUCAUUAUCGGCGAGGCUUUAGAGGGCAUCAUAACAUCUCCACAUUUCCCGGACCAUUACCCUCCCAACAUAUACUGUGUGUGGACAGUGCAAGUACCGACAGGCAUGACCAUGAAAUUGGAUUUUGUCUUCCUCGACAUGGAGGACGUCUUUGACUAUGUGACGAUUCAGGAGCCUACUGGUGUUGACCACGGACCAUAUUAUGGCCAUUUUAAGCAUCUUACUGUCGCGACAGAAGUAAAUAAAGUUACGGUAACGUUCAGAUCAGACGAUUCAUUCCAAAAGCCUGGCUUCAAACUUCAUUGGACGGCUGUGGACAUUGUGGAUGCCAAACACGCUGCUGAAGGGCCUGUAACAACAGGCAGUCGCUUAUCAGGCGGUGCAAUAGCGGGAUUGGUGAUAGGAUGCAUGUUUCUUGUCAUGCUCAUGUUCCUUUGUGCAAUUGCUGUCCGCUCGCCGAUCAUACAGAACGUCGUGUACACCUGUCACCUGCGAUGCUGUAUCGCUAAACACAGGCAUGGCGAGCGGUCAGGCAGCCCGGUGAUAUCACAGGCCAGUAACGUCUUGUACGGCGUAUCGUCUUUCUCACUCGACAGCGACGUUAACGCCAGCCAUAUGGCAUAUGAGAACACGAGGAGGAUGCAGCAGCGCGCUGCAGGUGUAUUCCACGAACCCAGUUCCCACGCGUACUGUGAGAUCGACAACCUGCCUGGAGCCUUACAGCUUGUCAAUAUUGAACGAACUGUUAUUAAGAAUCCCCAAAACAGCAGUAAGGCGGAUCUCAAUCACUGUGAUGACGAGAAAUGUGUGUGUACAAACAGCGUAGAACAUCAUUUACCGUUGUGCAAUGGUGCCACCGCCUGUCCAAGAUCGAACAUCAACUAUGCCGAAGACGAUGGAGGGUACUUGAAUGACGACGUCACCGGGAUACCAAAGCACGAAUACGUGGAAGUGAAGGUAUCAACCGUCCUCGGGCAAUACGAUAUCAUUUUCCCCGAAAGUUUAACCGAGAAUGCCUACGUGGAUAUGAAAGCUGAUAAACGGUCGGGCAAUGCUCUCAACGGCACUCUUCUUGAUACCGCUCAUAACGAUAUGAACGGUAAACAUUCUUCGUCUUAUACUAUGCACACGAAGGUGAAUAAACCACAGAGUCCAUAUAUGGCAGACUCGCGGGUUGAGAAUGUGACGCGUGAAGUGCUGCCGCCGGACAUAACCAUGAGUCAGAUUGCGGGUCCCGGUGUAUGUGAGGGCAGCGGUGGCGGCACAUACGGUGACUGUAACACUGUGACUUGAACUCAGUAGUUUUCGGAACGUACUCGAAGAUUAUGAAGACAAUUAACACAUAUAUCACGUUCUUGUGCACACACAUUUUUGCAAACUAUAUAUACUCACCACCGUUUUUAAGUUUGUGUUAUAGUCAAUACUGUAAUUAUAUCACGAUGUGUAACCUUCCAAAAAUAAAAUAUUAUCACUUUA